ACGAUCAGGGCUGAAUAAGCACUCUGCUGACGAAAAGCGCCUCUAAGCAUCUCUAAGCAUUCAAUAUGAACUCGUCGAGGCCGCUUUCCGCUCUACCGCGUCCAUUGUGGCAAGGAACCAACUCGUGAAUGCGCUUGGGUGGAACCCCGGAGCGGCCGUUUCCCUUGCAAAACCCAACAAAGGAGCAUCUAGGCAGACAGCAUAGUGUCUCUGGGCACGCCAUUACGAGAAUUGAUGGACCGGUUCAACACGAAACACGAGGCAAGGGCCUAUUUGCAAUGCAACAUUGCUGCUGACAUGCUAUAUCGUAACAUCAACAUCAUAUCAUCAUGGUCGGGCUCAAACGUCGACAUCAAUCAAGUAUAAAUACUCGUGCCUCCUCUCGAUCAAGGGGACAUCCUAUUCCAAAAGACACCGCCAGACAAGCAGCCUCACCUCACCGGCCUCGCAGCUUCCAUCACCCGUCAAGACUUCAACUCCAGCCUCUUGGGACACCAUUACCAGUCUAACAGGAUGAAGUUCCUCACCCCGCUCGCCGCCCUUCUCAGCACCGCCUCGGCGGCCGCCAUCAGCCCGCGCCAGGCUCCCGAGUCGGUCUCGGUCAAGGUCACCAACCUCCAAUGCCAGCCCCGUGGCACAACUUGCUUCCUCACCUUUGAGGUCCGCUCCAGCGCUUCCUCUCCACCUCUGGUCUGCACCGCCACCACCCAGGCCGCCACCACCAUCCCGUCCGUCCCCAACGAGAGCUGCUCGGACCCCAACGCAGUCUUUUCCUUCACUGCCGAGGGCCCCAGCCGUCCCGCCUUUCUCUCGUUCACCUGGACGUCAGGCUGGGAGAGAGGUGUGCAAAAGGUGCACGCGGCUCGCGUCUUUUCGACUGGAGACUUUGCCAGGGACCAGACUGGCACCCAGAGCUACGUGGGUCCCAAGGAGUUUGUCAUUUCUGGCGUGACUACGAGCUUGAUCGUCAGGCAGUGAUGAUUUGGAGUUGCUGUUCCCCAUCGAGCUUUUGCAACAUCUGGAAUGGACUCGGAUUCCGAUACGACCUAGAUAGACUUGGGAGGGUUGGCCAGGAACACGAAAGGCAGUACAAAACCCCAUAGACUUAAUAUUUACUACUACUACUACUACUUCUACCACUCUUAUCCCUAC